AAACAUACACACUAAAACCUGCUUUAAUUAUCACGUUUCUAGUUAUUAGAUUUUUCAUAGAUUAGUGAGGGAGGUUUAUUGGUGAGAAGUGUAUUUAGGUGGCAUUGUCUACGCUAUUAUCUGGCAGGUUGGGUUUUUUUGACGAGAAGUUUGUUUUCACUUAAAAUACUUGCCUCAGAUUGGCUGGAUGUAAUGUGGUGUACCUAUUGUAUAAUCACAAAAGCUGCCAAAUCCCCUAAACAUGCUACCUUGCCAGAUUUCUCCUUGAAUAAUAUACAUUUGACUCGACAAGUACGUAAGGGUUUGGCAAGAGAAAUCCGAUAUCCACCAUUGUAUGGCCCUUUCUUUGCAGUUAAGCAAGCGUGUUUUAAAGUUUGACCCAAUAAGUGUGCUGGCUUUGUUGCAAAAUCCAAACUAAACAAAGCUUCGACUCUUUAGCAUAAUUAAUGCAAGUUUACUACAGACUUGUGCUAGUUAUUAAGAGCAUCUACCUGGUGACGGAAUGUGCCGGAUUGCUGUUUUCACUAAGGCUGGAGCCUCAUGGAAAACCGUACAGAAGCCCAUCCUUACAUUCGCGAGCUGGGAGAAGUGGUCGUUCAGGCUACAUCAAUGGCUAUUAUCAUAUUCUUCGCCACAACGGGCAAUAUACUUAUCCUGCUUGCAAUCUAUAUGGAUAGGACACUAAGGACAAUGACUAACGUGUUUGUUGUGAAUCUAGCGUGCGCUGAUCUACUGCUGGCCCUGAUCGGAAUGCCCUUCACUCUCGUCUCCUCCAUCACGUUUCAGUGGGUGUUCGGGGACGUUUGGUGUGUCAUCAAUGGAAUGGCGGUGACUUUGUUCUGUGUUGCUUCCAUGUUGACAUUGGCCGCCGUGUCUAUAGACCGAUAUAUUGCUAUUAUUCACCCCUUGAAAUAUACAGAGCUGAUGCAUAGCCGCACUGCUACCGGUAUAAUAGUGUAUAUCUGGGCGCAUUCAUUUAUCGUUGCACUCCUUCCCGUAUUCAGAUGGUCGAGGUACAUUUACAUCCGUAGCGAGUCCAUUUGUACGUUUGACUGGGCAUUUGAUAUUGCCUGUACGCUGUUCAUUUUCGUUGUUUGUUUUUUCAUCCCUUUGUCCGUCAUGAUGUUCACAUAUUACCGCGUGCUGCAGACCGCGAGAGAACACUCUAGGCGAAUCUUUCCAGUUACAGGGAGAUUCUCCGAACGUAAAAAAGAUAGACAGAUCAACAAAACAGAUUCCAGCGCAGAGUGCAAUGCGUAUAUAAGCCAGGUGUCGUACAAUUCAGACUGUCAAGCGAGCAAAGAAACGGGUGUAACCUAUGCUGACAGUCAACCGUCGAGUAUUCAGAAGUCUGCGGAAGAAGACGCUCGCUUGAGCGAUCGACGAUCUAACGAUUCCGAUUUAGGGGACUCUAACUCUUUUACCCAUUCAUCGCUACCGAUUCUAAGUAGAAAAACAUUACCACCAUUACAGCAGAGGAAUUUAUGCUAUUCAGAGAACGAGACCUUGGACCAAGACCAACAAAUGACUUGGAAUAAAUGUACUCUUGGUAACACAACAAACAACAAAUCCCUCUCCUCCGUGUUCCCAUUCGUACUGAAUGCCAGCGAUGGUGGUUUUGAUAAUAGGAAUGGUCUUGUGAAAUUUGACACAGCGCGACACAAGAAGGGAAAAGAGGGGCGAAAGGAAAAUAGGCGCGUGGCUUCUUGCUCCUCAUUUGUACAAGAAGCAAACUACCGUAAUGCGACCUCGGAUAAAAGCUUUAUUGCAAACAACAACAGCAAAAAGCCUUUGGGUGACUCCUGGAAAUCACGACCGAUCGGUAGUAUUUCGUCUGUUGCUAAGCAGCCUCUUAGAGACACGAACCUGACCGAAACAUCUAGAAAAACAAAUUCAAUUACAGGUAAACACGAUGGUUAUCCUCACAAUGACGAGAUUUCAGCAAGCUAUAACACGACAAAGACAAGUGAAAAUGGUACUCAAAAAGACUGCAGGGGCUUAAGAAGCCUGCUCAAUUCAGUUGUCACUUCUCGAUCAAUGAGCCGUAAGCGCGCAUCGCAAAAGAAGAGUCAGCAGCGUACUGAACAGCGGUUUAAGCAAGACAAUAAAGCCGUGCGCACCUUGCUGAUAGUAGUUGGAACCUUUAUCUUAUGUUGGCUGCCGCACUUCAUCGGGAUCUUCUGCCUGAUGUCCGGAACAUGUGCCUGGCCCGACAGGUACUUUGCUAUAACUACCUGGCUCGCUAUGCUCAACUCUGCCUGCAACCCUGUCAUAUAUGGGGCCAUGAGCAGGCAGUUUCGUAAACGCUUUAAGCAGAUCUUGCAAUGCAAGCGUUCCUUUUUCUGAAUUCCGUGGGACAUAGGAUGGUCAAAAAACCAUGUGAAACCUAUAGAAUUGUCUCACUUUUCGGCUCUUGCCACUCUCCCUCCAUUCUCAAUGUAUCCUUUUUCCCUCAUUCAUGCAUUCUCUCUUAAUUUAGCCAGCCCCUUCUCAUAAAAACGGCCCUCUUCUCUGCACACCGACCCGUUCCCUAUUCAGCUCAUCCUAUUCGGUCGUCCCGCUUCAUCCAAGAUCGCACUUUUUCCUUACCUCUUCCAAACCGCUUCUCCUAUUUCUCUUGUCCUUUAAGUCGUGUCAUGGAGUAAACAUCCUUCUUUCUGCGCCUUGUUCCUUGAAUCGUGCACUUGCGCACUGAAACACCCUCCUAUAUGCGUUUUGGGUUUGAGGGGACGGCGAUUAUUAAAUUCUACCAAGUAAAUACCAUAGUCAACAAAAGAAGCGAUUUUAAAGAAGGAUUUUCAAGUUGCACCCGCAGCAACCCCCCCUCCCCCCCUCUCUCUUUUUCUCCCCAAAAAACCUCCGCCUGCAGCUGUCUUUUUGUUCACCAGGAGUUGUACCUUGUUGUGUACGCUUAAGUUGUACCAAACAACUUGAAAUGUAAUUCCCCAACAUUUCUCCCACAAGUAAUUAUAAAUUUGUUAAAAAAAUCGUGAGAGCAACAGUUCGUAAUUUUCAUUAAGUUAUAUUCUUAUAUUCAUUAAGUUAUAUAUUUCUUUUAACAAUUCAGUAUAUAUGGUAAGUGGUAUAUUUCUAGAACUAGGUUUAUGUUUGUUUAAAUCAAGUCGUAUACUUUUCAUUUCAAGUAUUAUCUAAUAUCUAAACAAGAUAUAUAAUUUGUGACAACAAGUUUUAUAAAUGUGGCGGGCUCAAAGGCCGAGGUACGAACAGGCAAGUGUGCUCGACAAAAUCGAGAGCCGACGAUAAUCUCCCCCCAUUGUCGAGUAUCAACAAACUUCAUGGGCGCGUUCGUUAUUGUUACUCUUCGCCAUCUGAUUGUUCUGAUGGCCCUUCACGUUGAUAUUGCGCAUCACCCACAAAAAAAAUUUACUCCGACUUGGUUCUUUUCAAAGUACACUCAAAAUUGUUCCUCGUCGCCAUAACUCGUGAUCUUCGCAAGUUUAACGAUGGUUUGGUAUUUGCGCUUGUCGUCUCGUCAGAUGCCGACCUCAUAGCUCUUGAUCUUUGCAAGUUUAAUGCUGGUUUGUUGAUUUCGCUGAACGCAGGGUUCACCGUCCACCAUGACUUGUUCUUUUUCUCCGACAUAGCAAUACGCAAAAAGCGCUUUCGUCUGGAUAAAGUGUGUCGAAUAGUAUUCUGAAAAUAUAACAAACAUCUUGUCAGCGAAGGUCAAAAUCUAAGAUUUCCCGAGAGUUUGCAACUGAGUGAAGAUGCAUGCUGUUGUUCGUAGUGGUUUUAUCGCAAGCAUAUGGUUUAUUAUCGAUGGGUCGACUGUUUCACCAAUUGAAUAGAAAAUUGGGAAAUGGAAAACCAUUAGAUUAAGCCACUUUUGCGUGGAUUUGAUGACUCAUAGGGGUUCCAACGUUCAAUUGCUGUUCAAGAGCAAACAUUUAUUGCACCAAACAAUUCCCUAUGUCGAUAUACCGUAUAGAAAGAAUACAUAUAUGUUAACUUAAAAAAUGCAACCAAAGGCGGAUAAACACGGAUACAAUGUCGAGGUAACGGCGCUCGGCGUGUCUGUCAAUUGUUCUGGCCUCAACAAUGUUUCCCCGUGUGCCCUAUUGAAUAAACAUCAUGGGCACCUACGCGCAUUAUAUAUUUUGAAAACACUGUGUCCUCGUUUUAGCUUGAAGUCAGUUGCUAGCUGUUGUUAAUUAUCAUUUUAUUUCUUAUUCAAUAAGUCGACACUCACUUUCCAAUCAUGAGUUACUGAGCUCGGUGAUAUUCCAGCGACAUUAUCCUCAAACCACAUGUAAAUUUCCUGUAAUGUCAGUCUCUUAUCCGGGGAAGAACUUAUCGCUUCUGCUAAUAAAUCUGAAUAUGA